AACAAAACAAUUUUAUUUGCACGGAUGAUCUCAUGUAUCGGAAAAAAAAAAAAAAAAAAAAAAAAAAAAAAAAAAAAAAAAAUAAAAAAUUAAAAAAUUAUUUGUUCAGGUGAUCGGAGUCUAAGAAGAUAAAUCAAGAUAGAAGAAAAUCUCAAGAUGGCGGCCGCUAAUAAUAAACCACCAACAGAAUUGGAUACUUUUCUACCUCAAGAUGAUACUAAUACAAUAAAAGAUGGUGUUCUACCAGCCAAAUACAAAGUACAAGUAGCACCAAAAGAUAUUGAGGAAGGAAAAUCAUUUAAUCCUUUCACCGAACGCAAAGUUGACAAUCCUACAACGGAUUGCGAUACAUUGACACAUUUAUUGAAAGCUUCUCUUGGGACAGGUAUAUUGGCUAUGCCUGUUGCUUUCAAAAAUGCUGGUCUUCUUGUUGGAAUAUUUGCAACAAUAUUCGUUGCUUUUAUUUGUACGCAUUGUGCGUAUAUUUUAGUCAAAUGUGCACACGUUCUUUAUCAUAAAACGCGAAGAACAGAAAUGGACUUUGCUGAUGUAGCAGAAGUAGCAUUUUCUAUGGGACCACGAUGGGCAACAAAACUUGCCAAACCAUCUAGAUAUAUCAUACAAAUUAGUUUAUUCACAACAUAUUUUGGCACCUGCAGUGUGUACGCAGUUAUCGUUGCUGCAAAUUUUGAAAAAGUAAUUAAACAUUAUAAUGAAAGUGCAUCAGACGAUACUAUUAUACGUGAAAUUACAGCUUGCCUGUUAAUACCUUUGAUAUUACUCAGCUGGAUACCCAAUUUAAAAUAUCUUGCACCAGUUUCCAUGGUAGCUAAUAUAUUUAUGGGUACUGGCUUGGGAAUAACAUUUUAUUAUUUAGUUUGGGAUCUUCCACCGAUUAAUACUGUACCAUUGGCAGCACCUAUUCAAAAUUUCCCUCACUUUUUUAGCAUUACAGUUUUUGCCAUGGAAGCUAUUGGUGUCAUUAUGCCAUUGGAAAAUAAUAUGAAAACACCGCAACAUAUCAUAGGAAUUUGUGGAGUUCUCAAUAAAGGAAUGUCUGGCGUAACUCUUAUAUAUAUUCUUCUUGGAUUUUUAGGUUAUAUCAAAUAUCAAGAUUUAACGUUGGAUAGCAUUACAUUGAAUUUACCCACCCAAGAAAUCCCGGCUCAAGUUGUUCAAAUUUUAAUUGGAUUAGCAGUUUAUUGUACGUUUGGAUUACAAUUUUAUGUAUGCUUAGAUAUUGCAUGGACUGGAAUUAAAGAUCAUUUUCAGAAGAAACCACUUUUAGCAAAUUAUAUUUUAAGAACAACUAUGGUUACUGGAGCAGUAUUACUUGCGGUAGCUGUGCCAAAUAUUGGACCUUUCAUUAGUUUAAUCGGGGCAUUUUGUUUUUCCAUAUUGGGACUUUUCAUGCCUGCACUUAUUGAAAUCGUUACAUAUUGGGAUACCGGUUUUGGGCCAGCUAAUUGGGUAGCAGUGAAAAAUAUUAUUAUAUGCGUAAUUAGCAUAAUAGCUUUAGUAUUUGGAUCUCGUAGUGCUUUAAUAAAAAUUGUAUAUUCAGAUAGUUGAUUAAAUAUAGAAAUCAUUGAUAAAAUAGAUUUCUUAUUAUUCUGUACAUUCAGAAUUUCUAAAAAGAAUUGAGGUCUCAUAAAUUGGGUCUUCUCAUCAUGCAUAAGAAAAUUUUGUUUAAACCAUUAAAUAAAUUAUCUCUCAUAAUUCAUAUCUGUAUGCAUUAUUAUGAAUGAAUCAAAUGAAAAUGAAUAAUAAAUUGUUAUUAAUAUUUUUCAUAUCUAUGUAUUCUAUAAUUUGAUAAAAUCAUUUUAAGAUAAUAAUUAAAAACUUGAGCCUUCUCUCUCAGAAUUUAACUUUUUCUGUAACGCAUUUAAUAAUGAUAUGUAAUUAAUGAUGUAUUUUAGUUACAAUUGAUUUCUUAAAUUCAAUUAGAUUCAAUUCAAAUUAUAAAAAAAAGAAGAAAAAAAAAAAAGAAAAAGAAACUAUUAUUCAUUAAAUUGGUGAGAAACAGUAAUAUCAACCAUUUUAUGCCAAUUCAAAUUUUUUGUAUUAUAAUCAAUAAUUUUUGUUUUUUCUAAUGAUCAUACAAAAAUAUAUAUUUCACUGGCUGAACA